AUGGAUAUCUUUAGAGUCUUAUCCAGAGGUGCUUCAUUGAAGAAAUCAAAAGACAUAGUCACAGACUAUGCCCUUCCAUCAGAAAAACAAAAUGCUUCUCAAAAGAAGAAGGAACAAAAUAUGAAUAAAGAAGUUGAAAAAGAGAUAGACUUCUUUAGAACUAGAAAAUUCCAUGAUUUAGCCAAAUCUGAAGAUGAUGUUGCCAAAGAAGAAGAAAUUUCUAAAAAACAUCAUGAAAUUGAUCAAGAACAAGUUGAACCACCACCUCCAAAAAUUUCAAAUGAAGAAGAUGCUAAAAUCUUGAGAAAAUCAUAUAGAGCAAAUGUUACUGGUGAUGAUAUCCCACUGCCUAUUGGUUCUUUUGAAGAUUUGAUUAGUCGUUUUGAAUUUGAUUCAAGAUUAUUAACGAAUCUAAUAGAUUCAGGUUUUACAGAACCAACACCUAUUCAAAGUGAAGCUAUUCCAAUAACAUUAUUUGAUAGAGAUGUUUUAGCAUGUGCUCCAACAGGGUCUGGUAAAACUUUGGCAUUUGUGAUUCCAAUGAUUCAACAAUUAUUACAAUCUAAUAAAGAACAAAAUAAUGGACUUAGAGGUUUAAUUAUAUCACCAACAAAAGAACUGGCUCAACAAAUAUUUGAUGAAUGUAAUAAAUUAGUCAAGAAAAUGCCUUUAAAAAUUGCAAUUUUAUCAAAAUCACUAAGUUCAAAAUUGAAAAAUAAUAUUAUUAAAAAAGAUAAAUUUGAUAUCAUAAUCUCCACACCUCUAAGAUUAAUAGAUCUUGUUAAAAAUGAAGCAUUAGAUUUAAGUAAAGUGGAGCAUUUAAUAUUUGAUGAAGCUGAUAAACUAUUUGACAAGAAUUUCUUGGAACAAACAGAUGAUAUUUUAACACAAUGUAAAAACCCAAGUUUAAGAAAAUCAAUGUUUAGUGCAACAAUCCCAUCAAGUGUUGAAGAAACUGCAAAUAGUAUAAUGAAUAAUACAGUAAGAGUGAUUAUUGGUCAUAAAGAAGCUGCUAAUCAACAAAUUGAACAAAAAUUAACAUUUUGUGGUAAUGAAGAAGGUAAAUUAAUUGCAAUUAGACAAUUAAUUCAAUCUGGUGAGUUAAAACCUCCAGUUAUUAUCUUCUUACAAUCAAUCACAAGAGCCAAGGCAUUAUAUCAUGAAUUAUUAUAUGAUAAAUUAAAUGUCGAUGUUAUCCAUGCUGAAAGAACUCAAAUUCAAAGACAAAAAAUCAUUGAAGGUUUUAAAAAAGGUGAUAUUUGGGUAUUAAUCUGUACAGAUGUUUUAGCAAGAGGUAUUGAUUUCAAAGGUGUUAAUUUGGUUAUUAAUUAUGAUGUUCCAAACAGUGCUCAGGCUUAUGUUCAUAGAAUUGGUAGAACAGGUAGAGGUGGUCGUGAAGGUAAAGCUAUUACAUUAUAUACAAAAGAAGAUUCAAUUGCAAUUAAACCAAUUAUUAAUGUUAUGAAACAAAGUGGAUCUAAAUAUGAUGAAUGGAUGGAUAAUAUGACUAAAAUUUCUAAAAAGCAAAAACAAUCCAUUAAAAAUGGUCAAAUUAAAAGAAAUGAUAUCAGUACUGUGCCUAAAGUUGUUAAAGAAAAAAGGAAAAGAAGACAAGAGAUGAUCCAAGCUUCAAAAAGAAGAAAACAAGGAAAACUUGAAGAUAAAGAUUCCGGAUCUGAGUCUGAAUAG